UAUAUAUAUAUAUUAUAAUCUUUCCGCGUGUGUAUAUAACACUGACGACACGGCUUCCCUCUUUAGUCUCUCGUCGGACUCUACGCGCACGUACGCCUGCGUUUUAUCGUCAAUCAAAGUCCUCUAUAGAAUAAACACGUCGUGUUUUUACUUUUAGUCCUCUGCCGCCACUCGCCAGAACAGGUCGCUUUGCACGCGGUACAGCUGCUGCAGUUCAGUAACCGCGUAUAACAGCUAUAUAAAACCGUUUCCAGACGAAACUUACGACGAAAUGUUCAAGCCGACGAUAUUCGCGCUCGCGGGCGUUUUAAUUUUCGGUUUCGGACGCUGCGACGAUGCGAUCCGCGACGACAUGCACCCGUUGUCGGAUGACUUCAUCGAUCACAUAAAUUCGAUACAAGAUUAUUGGAGCGCCGGCCGCAAUUUUCAUAAGGACACUUCGCUUUCUUAUAUCAAAGGAUUGAUGGGCGUGCACGAGAUGAACAAGCAUUAUCCAAAACUGGAACAACUUUUGUCUUACACCGACGCAGUGACUGAUCUGCCGGAGAAUUUCGACGCUAGGGAACACUGGCCGAAUUGCCCGACCAUUAGAGAAGUCAGGGACCAAGGCUCGUGCGGGUCUUGUUGGGCUUUUGGAGCUGUAGAAGCUAUGUCUGACCGUGUCUGCAUUCAUUCAAACGGAACGAAAAAUUUCUAUUUUUCGGCUGAGAAUUUAGUUUCCUGUUGUUGGACUUGUGGUUUUGGAUGCAAUGGUGGCUUCCCAGGAGCGGCAUGGAACUAUUGGAAAAAUAAAGGCAUUGUUAGCGGAGGUCCAUAUGGAUCUAAAUUGGGAUGUAUUCCAUACGAAAUUGCUCCGUGUGAACAUCACGUGAAUGGUACUCGAGGACCAUGUAAGGAAGGAGGUAAAACUCCUAAAUGUGUAAAAAAAUGUGAGGAUGGAUACAAAGUGCCUUAUGAAAAAGAUUUACACCGCGGUAAAAUUGCAUACUCGAUUAGUAAUGACGUUGACCAAAUCAGACAAGAAAUUUAUAGAAAUGGUCCAGUUGAAGGCGCAUUUACUGUGUAUGAAGAUUUUGUAAAUUACAGAGAUGGAGUGUAUAAACAUGUUGCUGGUAAGGCUCUCGGAGGUCAUGCAAUUAGAAUACUUGGUUGGGGUGUUCAUAAAGAUGAUAAAAAUGGUAAUAUACCAUACUGGUUGAUAGCUAAUUCAUGGAAUACUGAUUGGGGUAGUGAUGGUUUUUUCAAAAUAUUGCGAGGAAGUGACGAGUGUGGUAUUGAAGGACAAAUUAAUGCUGGUUUACCAGCAUAUUAAUUUGCCUUAUUUAUAGAUUAAACAUUUACGAAUUCCAUAAUUAUUUACUAUGAGUCAAACCGUUUUUAUUAUUACUAGAUACUUUUUUUUUUUUUUUUUUUUUUAAUAUUCUGAGCGUAUUAUCUAUUAUCAACCAUAAGCUAAUUUUGAUUUGAUAUAAUAAAUUAUAAAAUAAAAUAAAUAAGAGUACCUAUUAUAUUAUUAUUUAUUUGUGUUUAAUAAAUUGAUUUGUAUUUUGUACGAUGUA